AUGAAGAAUUCCCUGGAUAUCUGGGACGGUGUGCCGGCGGCAUUGUCGGAAAUGGAGUCAUUAUCAGAGCUGUCGGAUCUGUACAUAAAUUCAAGCCUCCUGAACAUCUCCACCAACAGCAGCAGCGCCUCCAACCUGACCAGUGUCACCUACUACCCAUACUACCAGCACUCCCUGCCUGUGGCGGCCAGCCUCAUCCUCGCCUACCUCUUCAUCUUCCUGCUCUGCAUGGUGGGGAACGGCCUGGUGUGUCUGAUUGUGUUGGAGAACCGACGCAUGAGAACCGUUACCAACCUUUUCAUUCUCAAUCUGGCUGUGAGCGACUUACUGGUGGGGGUUUUCUGUAUCCCGACUACGCUGGUGGAUAAUCUUAUUACAGGUUGGCCCUUCACGAAUACAGUGUGUAAGAUGAGCGGCCUGGUGCAGGGUAUGAGCGUCUCGGCGUCCGUCUUCACUCUGGUGGCCAUCGCUGUCGACAGAUUCCGCUGCAUUGUCUACCCUUUCCAGCCCAAACUCACCUUGCUUGUUGCCAAGGUGACCAUCGUGAUGAUCUGGGUGCUGGCACUGGUCAUUAUGUGCCCGUCUGCGGCCACGCUGACCGUGGCUCAGGUCAAGCAUCAUUACAUGGUCCACAACCUGGACUACAAUCACACUUACCCGCUCUUCUCGUGCUUCGAGAACUGGGCUGACCCACAGAUGAGGAAGGUGUAUACCACGGUCCUUUUUGCCCACAUCUACCUGAUCCCGCUCACGCUCAUCACAAUGAUGUACGGUCGCAUAGGAAUCAAGCUCUACACCACCUCUGUCAUCUCUGGGAACGACCAGCAGGACAGCAGUGGUCACAGCACCACUCCUCCAGCCACUGGGGGGCAGCACCAUGAAGGCAGGCCACUCAUCUCCCACAAGAAGAUCAAGGUGAUCAAGAUGCUUAGUGUGGUGGCCCUCCUAUUCACCCUCUCCUGGCUGCCCUUGUGGACCCUCAUGCUUUUGACGGACUAUGGCGGCCUGGACGAGGAAGAGCUGGAGUUUCUCUCUGGCUAUGUGUUCCCGUUUGCGCACUGGCUAGCCUUCUCCAACUCCAGCGUCAACCCGAUCAUCUACGGCUACUACAACGAGAACUUCAAGCGGGGCUUCCAGGCCGUUUGCAGGACACACUCAUGCUGUUGCUUCCCUGGAAGAGGUAGAAUGCAGAGACCUGGCAGAAUCGACCUGAGGGUUGGCGGGCAGAGGGACUCUGUGGGUAACUCCAACCCUCUGCCCUUUGGCACGAGGAACAGGGUGUACACGGAUGGAAACUUGAAGAACUGCAGAACGAGGCAGGAACAAGAACAGAACAGGGCUGGCUGCGGGGUCAGCAGCUCUGUCAGCAUGGAUGAUGCAGGGUCUGUUGCGGCCAAUGAGGCCAAAGGGGUUGCUGCUCAAAAGGGUCUGCAGAUGGAGGACCUGGGGAAGAUCAGUCCCAUCGGUGUGACCGUGAGUCAAGCUUGGGACCAGUAG